AUGACUGUGCACUUGUUUUCUUUGCUCGUCUUCUCCCUGUUUCAAGCGCUGCAAAGCAGCAAAAUUUUCAAUAUAACUGCAUCAACGCCGCUUGUUCAGAACCAAACCCUUGUCUCUCGUAGUCAAAUCUUUGAGCUUGGGUUCUUCACGCCUAAUGGAUCAGCAAAGCAGUACAUAGGAAUAUGGUACAAGAACAUGACUCCCUCCAGAGUUGUCUGGGUGGCCAACAGGGACAAGCCACUUGGACCCACAGAUCAAUCUGCGAGUUUUGUAAUUGGCGGAGAUGGAAAUCUGAAGCUUCUUGAUGGGCAACAAAACACUGUCUGGUCUACUAAUGUCACGACAAAGUCGAAUUAUUCUCUAGCAGUGCUUUCAGACUUUGGAAACCUUGUUCUUCAAGAUUUAAAUGCGAAUGAAAUGUGGGAAAGCUUUGAUGAGCCAACCGACACUCUCCUGCCAAACAUGAAGGUUGGAGUAAACGUGAAAACAGGAAAGAAACAAAACUUGAUUUCCUGGAAAGGCGAAGAUGAUCCCUCAUUCGGAAGUUUUGUCCUCGGAGUGACAUCGGAAACACCACCUCAGGUUUUCCUUUGGAAUGGAUCAAGUCCUUACUUGAGAACUGGACCGUGGGAUAACUCCAGGUUCAUCGGAAUACCGACCAUGGCUGGGACAUACCUGAGUGGCUAUGAUGUCCUGCAAAAUAUUGACCAGGGAACAUCAUAUUUUUCCCUCUAUAAUUACAACAGCUCCUUCUUUGGAUAUAUUUUCAUCUCAACAGAAGGAUCAAUAAAAUUUAUGUAUUGGGACGAUGGAUGGUCAACAGACUGGGAGUCACCGGUACCAACUAACCAUUGUGAUAUUUAUGGAACGUGUGGCCCUUUUGGAGUUUGCGACCCGCUUAGUUCACGUAUAUGCAAAUGCUUAAAAGGGUUUAAACCAAGGUUAGAUGAAGAAUGGAACAGAGGAAACUGGACCAGAGGGUGCCUUAGGGAUAUCGAAUUGAAUUGUCAGAAAUCCGCAAGUGCAGCAGCUUCAACGAGUCUGGAAAAAGAUGUAUUCUGGCAAAUGAAACAGAUGAAGUUGCCUGAUUCUGCUGAUUACAUGUCUAACAUAGCCGAUGCAGAAGGAUGUCAAAGUUGGUGCCUAGGAAACUGCUCGUGCUUGGCCUUUUCUUAUGUGGAUACUAUAGGAUGUAUGACUUGGAGUAAAAACCUCCUAGAUAUUCAGCAAUUCUCCACGGCAGGCGAAGAUCUAUUUAUUCGACUCGCGGACGCGGAUACAGGUGUACCUACGCAGACAAAACUCAUCAUCAGCCUAAGUACUAUUUCUGCCAUCGUGCUAUUGGGAGCUGGCAUUUCAGUCUGUGGUCUCUCCAAGUGGACAGGGAACUUUAGGAAAAUGACAAUUCCAAGGCCGCUUAGGCCACUGGCCAAAGCCAACAGAUCAGAGGAACUACUAAGGGAAAUUGCAUGGAAAGAGCAAAUGAAGCAAGGUGAUGCAUCGGAAUUGCUAAUUUAUGAUUUUGACAGCAUACUGCUUGCCACGGACAACUUCAAUGCGAAAAACAAACUCGGGCAAGGAGGGUUUGGCCCUGUUUAUAAGGGAAAGCUGAAUGAUGGUAAGGAGAUAGCUGUGAAGAGACUUUCGAGCAGUUCAGGCCAAGGCAUAGCAGAGUUCAAGAAUGAGAUCCUUCUGAUAUCCAAACUUCAACACCGAAAUCUGGUGAGACUUGUUGGCUACUGCACUGAAGGAGAAGAAAAGAUACUAGUGUACGAGUACUUGCUGAACAAGAGCUUGGAUGCCUUUCUUUUUGAUUCAAUAGGGAAUACAAAACUUAGCUGGGCCAUACGCUUUCGCAUUAUCCUCGGGAUCGCGAGAGGGCUGCUGUACCUCCACCACGAAUCUUGCGUCAGGGUCAUACAUCGAGAUUUGAAACCAAGCAACAUUCUCUUGGAUGAAAAGAUGAAUCCCAAGAUUUCAGAUUUUGGACUUGUGCGGAUGUUUGAAGGCACUCAAGUUUUGGUUAAUACUCACAAAGUUGUCGGGACACUCUUUGGAGUACUGAUAUUGGAGCUUAUCAGCAGCAAGAAGAACACCAGUUUAAAUUAUUGUGGACGGCAUCUCAAUCUCCUCGCUUAUGCAUGGCACUUGUGGUGUGAAGGCAGAGGAUUGGAGCUAAUGGAUGAAGCCAUUGCUGACGCAUUUUCACCAUCAGAAGUUACGAGAUGCAUUCAGAUAGGGCUUCUAUGUGCGCAGGACCAAUCUACAGAUAGACCCAACAUGUCGGCUAUAGUGCGAAUGCUAAGUGGGGAGUCCGAUCUUCCACAGCCGAAGCAACCGACAUUUACAUUUCAAAGCUCACCAAGCCACGAAGUCCAACCACAAGAGGAAAUUAUCUGGUCCAGGAAUACCAUCACCAUUACUAUGGUUGAAGGAAGAUAA